UGCCUGGGGACGCCUUCAUCUCAACAAGGGGUGUGGGAGUGUUGGGCAUAGGCUACGGCACCGCAGUUGGUAACGCCAACGGUAGUAAAAGCGAUGCUGAAGGAGCAAGUGGCGACACCGAUGGCUCGAGUGGCGACAAUGAAGGCGCAGGUGGGCGACGCCCAGGCUUGGGCAAUGCAGAUAAUUACAUGAGCAGAGGCAGGACACCAGGUACAGGCAUAAGGGAGUUGGGCGACACCCUGGGCGUGAACGACGAUGUUGAAGUAGGGAGGAGCACGGGCGAUGCCAGCGGCGGGUUAGGCAGCAAUAGUGGUGUGGACAGCACCAGCGAUGCAAUGGGUACUAGUCCUCGCGAUGGGUUUGGCGAUGGUCCUCACGACAUGCUGGGUGUAGGAACAAGGGGUCUAGGUGCUGAGAGAAUAAAGAUAGGCAUUGAGGCACCAUUCGAUGGAGUGGCUGGCACUUGA